AUGAGCUCAACAGAGAAUGCCAAAGAAUUUGAUGAUAAUGAUGAUAAUAAUCGUGAAUAUCAUUAUCAUUAUCAUCAAAUUGAAAAAAAUUGCAAAAAAAUAGUUCGACGAGGCAAGAAGGCACGUCAUAAGUUGGUUUAUGUGGCUGAUAAAAUGGAUAUUCUCAUAGGAUCAGUUGUAAGCGUCGAAGGUGAUCACGUAGAUGUGGAGGAAAAAUUGUCAAAAGUAAGCGAAGCUUCACGUAGUCCAUCACCAAUGGAUGAUCCUCCACCUCCGGCGCCUGCGACGCCAGCAUACUUACAGCGACGUCAUUCCAUUUUUUCACCUCGACAAGCUCAAACUUCUGAUUCAGUUGUGGGCACAUGUCCUCCUAGUGAUUCUACGAAAGACUGUGCUCAGCCGAGCACAUCAGGAGAACAGCAAAAAACAUCUCCCAUCCCUGCGGUUUCGGUGCAACAAUCCAGUCUGCCUCCUGCAAAUCCUGCAAACAUCACGGGAAAUGUCGUGCCAGCUGUGUCCGGUUCAUCAACUUUGCCUCAUUCAAUGACAUGGGCGCCUCAGAUGGCUACUGGUCAAUUUCAGUCCAUGCAAUCACUUGAUCAACGUGGCAUGCCUACCUUGCCUUUUUAUCCAAUGCCAACGUUGGCUGGGCCAUCGACAUCAGUACCAUAUGGACUUAGUUCACCGUAUUUAUUAUCUCCUUACGGAACAAUGCAGUUUCCAAGGAAUACCUCUGAGCAGCAAAUCCCCGCCACAAAUCCUAACAUUCCCGGAAGUCCUCACGAAGGACAAGAUCUCACCGCUUAUCAGCUCAGUCUAUCUUUAGAUCAGUACAAUCAACAUUUAAUACGUUCACAGUUGGAUCAGGCUCAACAAACAGCUCAGGUUGCAAGUUGCCAAGUACAGUUACUUCGAGAUCAGUUGACAAGUGAAACAACUGCUCGAAUAGAAGCACAAUCCCGGACACAUCAGUUGUUGAAUGCAAAUCGUGAAUUGUUAGAACAGGUACAGGUACUUGUUCAAAAGCUUCAAACUCUGGAAUCAAGGCUUGCAAACGAAAUUCAUGAACAUAUCAGUCAACCGUCCACAUCAAAAGGGCAGCGAACUUCGUCUACUUUACCGUUGUCUUUUAAAACAAAAGAAUCUAGGCCAUCAUCACAAAUGACCACUCAUUCGAUGCAUGAAUAUACGGGUGAAGCUAAAGUUCCCGGACCUCCACCAAUCGACCCCUCAAAACCUUAUCAGCUGCAAUCCCUAGCAGAUAUUCGUGCUGGUUCAUUACCACCUCAGGUAGCUCAGUCAAGCACCUCAAACUCAGCCAAAAAUCGCAGGGCUGUGGAUGAUUCUGGAGUCCGUACUGAGCCAGAAAGUGGAGCAGAAGAUACUACAGAUUACAGCUCAUCAGAUCAAUAUGAAAAAAUGUCAUCGAAAAAAGGUAUUCAACAGCGACCAAUGAUGCAACCUCCCGAGCUUGGAUCAAAUAUUAAUAUCCUCAUGUCUAAUCCACAAGUGAUGUCAAGUUUACCACCAUCUUUUCCCACUCAAGCAAUCCCUUCUGGGAAUUAUAUCCCAAAUUAUCUUGUGAAUCCGUCCAAAAACCAAAACUCUGAUAACAUCAAAGAUAUUGACGAACAAGAAGGCAGUGGCUUGGCAAGCAACCGUAGAAUUAAGGAUGUACAACGAUCAAAAGUCUUGGGAGGUGAAACGAUAUUCAAUAGAAUGUCAUUUAAUCCAAAGCUUUGGGAAGGAAAACGGAAGGAAAUUGUAGAUUCAGGUGAAGGCGCAAUUGUGGAAUGCACCGAAGAAAACCAAAUCGAACAAAUGAAAAAAUCCGAUGAAAAACGAAAGAGUGAAGAAAGUGUCAGUACUGCACGACGACGUUCAGAAAGACUGGAACGCUUUCGAAGAAUCACUGAAGACGAUGUUGGGACAUCUUUUGUGGCGAAUCAAAUUGAGCAACCAUUUGACGCACGUGACGUUGAAUGGCGAGACACGACAAAUGUAUCACGACGGAAGUCUGUCGCAUCACUGAUAGGAAAUUACGCUGAACCCGCUUCAUUACGUGUAGCAACAGCAAUGUAUCCACCAAGACAAUUAAAAUUUCCUCUACGGAAUACUAAAGAAUCAUUUCGAAAAUUAUCAGUGGAUACUCGAGAUGACAAUUUGCAUACCUCGUCAGUUAUCCCACAACAAGCGCAGUUAUUGCCAUUCAUUGGUAAUGGCCCUGUUAUACCUUCAACAAGUGGUCUAAUCUCGAGAAAUCAUGCUGGAAUGCUAGAUGAGAAGGAAAAAUCGCAAAAAAUUGGCUCGGGCGGGGCGAGCCAAAUGUUAGUACUGCAAGAAGCACUAAAGCAAGGCUUAGCUAGCACUAGAAAACAAUUGCGUCAAACUAGCGAAACUUUAGAUGGAAUGAAAAAUCCACUUAAAUAUUUGGAAUCACAAAAACCGAAAUUAAGUGAUCCGGCAGUACUAGCAAAACUUACUAAAUUGCCAUCAUUUCGAUCAACUUUCGAUUAUGGCGCUGAAACUUGUGAUAUGUCAAAUCUCGGUGACCUGCGCAAUCCAUCAGUGGAUCAUUUAACAACAACAACAGAGCAACAGAAUCAAACUCAUUGUAAUGAUGAUACUGGACAACUUUGA